UCUCGUGUUUUCUCGCGAGAGGAUAUACGUGGCUGCUUCAAAACAAAGUGACUAGUCUGCUUUCGCUAUCAAAGAGCAUCCCGAAAAGUACCUUUAUUUAUCAUUAAAACGGCCAUCUGCAGUCAACGGUUUGUAAGUUAUACAAAGACACUUUACUGUCGCAUGAUAAGCUAGCCAGCAAGUCUUCUAGCAGUUGUUUUAAUGAGUGUAACACCGACAUCAACUCACCAAGUGCUCCAAUCACUGUUGACAAUGUCGUCUGAACUGCAGAAACCAGUCCACACUGACGACAUGAAGGCUGCAGAAGACAGCUGGAGACCUGAUUAUGUCACCGGGGACCUGUUCUCGAGCCCUGCGGACGAGGCUCUGGCCCACUGCAUCAGUGAGGACUGCCACAUGGGGGCAGGCAUAGCAGUGCUGUUCAAGAGGAAGUUCAAAGGGGUAGAUGAGUUAAAGGCACAGAAAAAGGUGACAGGAAAGUGUGCUGUAUUGAAAAGAGACAGACGUUUUGUCUACUAUCUGAUCACAAAGCAAAAGUACAGCCAAAAGCCCACCUAUGAGAGUUUGACACAGAGCCUGGAGGACAUGAAGUCCCACUGUGCAGAGAACGGAGUGACAAGAAUAUCAAUACCUCGUAUUGGCUGUGGCCUGGAUAGACUGCGAUGGAACCAAGUGUCGGAGAUACUGGAGCAGGUCUUCAAAGAUUCAAACAUUUCCAUCACAGUCUACAGCCUCCCGAAGAGAGCAGAGACCACGACGAUGAAGGAAAACUGGCGCAGAUGAUUGAUGGAAAAGUUUGUUUAUUGUAAUUAUAAGUAUUCUCACUUUUCUGAAUUAUUCCCACAGUGUGUGGCCACGAUGGUAAUUCAUUGAAACAAAUGUAUAUAGAUUACUUGAAAAUAAAAUUUUCUUUUUUUUGCACAUCACAA